AUGACUGAAACGUCGAAUGGUGCUAAUAAUACAAACGUUGGCAUUAAUGUUCUUCUCAAUCGAACAGCUGGCAUCGCAGAGUUGGCACUCAAUGUUGCUCAUCUAGCUGAAAAACAUGUCGAAUAUCUUCCAUAUCCCGAUAAAGAAUUUGAUGAUCCAAAUGUAGAUCAUUCAUAUCAAAUAGACAAUAAAUUUUCUAUUGCACAUGCUUAUGAUCGUGAUGUUCGAUCAUUUAUGCCAAAUGUACGUGUUUAUGUUAAAUCAAUCGAUGCUGAACGUUUAUAUUCACACGUUACACAAUUUCUAAAUCCAUGGUUAUAUACAAUUGUUGUUGCACAUGGACCAUUUGAAUGGACGAUUAAAAAACGAUAUAAACAUUUUAGUGAAUUACAUAAAAUAUUAGUCAAAUUUGUCGAAGAUGAAACAAAACGAUCUACUGCUAGUCUAAAUAAUUAUUGUGUUGAAAUUAUGAUGAUGGAUGAUGUUGUGUUCUAUAGUUUCUCUCAAAUAAAUUUACAUCCCUCCUACCUUUUUCUCUCGCCACGCCUAACGCAAGAUCAAGAUACAGAUCGACCUUGUUUUCCUACUCGAAAUGACCGUUUUGCAUUGAUUAACGACCAUUUAAUAAAAUCUCGCUGUGUAAGUGAAUUCUGUAUUCCAAGUUUUAAAGAAAGUUUCAUGAAAAAACGACCACAUGAUGAUUAUCGAGGACGAAGUCUGUUUCAACGAAUACCAUUUUGUUUUGAUACAUGUAAAUUUUAUCAUGGAAAAAGGUAA